AUGGACACCUUUCUCCCUCCCGAGGCCCCUCCAAACGCCUCAGCCCACCUCAUCGACUUCACAACCACCAACCCCCCAAUCCCCGCUUUCGCCAACUCCUUCGCCGCAGUCAUCGACAACAUCCUCACCGAAGCAGAAUGCACCGAGCUCAUCCGGCUCGCAGAAGCAUCCACCUUACCUCCCAACGACACAACCGCAACACCAACAUGGGCACGCGCGAUGAUCAACGCAGGCAACGGCAAACAAACACUAGCCACAGACACGCGAAAUUGCGGCCGAAUCCUGUUCGACAGCCUCGACUUGGCCGAUAAACUGGUGAAAAGAAUGAUGCCGUUUUUGCAGGAGCUCGGAAUUGAUCGGGUCGAGAACAAACUGUUCGUGAAACAGGGGACAGUGUACCGUCUUUCAAGGCUGAAUGAGCGAUUGCGGUUUUUGAGAUAUGAGGGUGGGGAAUAUUUUCGUCCGCAUUGGGAUGCGAUGUAUAAGACACCUGAUGGGAAGGAGAGGUCGUUUUAUACGAUUCAUCUUUAUUUGAAUGGGGAGGGGGAGCAGGAUCUUGAGGCGUUGAAGAAGGAGGAGGAGAGAGUGGCGAGCUUGUGGAAGGAGGAAGGGGAUGGUGUGUUUAACCGGGACAUCAAUGGGAAGCUUCUGGGCGGUGCGACGUCGUUCUUCCCCCGGUAUGAACAGCAGGAUGUGCAGGUUCGGGUGUUUCCCAAGGCUGGGUCGGUGUUGGUGUUUCAGCACAGAGAUCUUCUGCACAGUGGGGAUUCUGUCUUCCAGGGGGUAAAGUAUACGAUGAGGACGGAUAUCAUGUAUUGCGAGGAGUGA